AUGGAAACAUGGGAAGCAGCCUGUCUUGUCGGGCUUCCGCGCCUGCAACUCAUGAGAGUGGGACGUCACUUCUCUGAGGCUAAGGUGAAGAAGCUAUUGCGCUGCAUCAUUGAGACUCAUCUUGCGGUCUUCUUAGUCGUCUCCGUCUCGCCGCCAUUACUCUGGGCAAGUUCGAUCACCGGGACGCACGACUGGGAGAUUGUCGCCCGAUUGACCGGCCCCGCGGGCUCCGAUUCGAUCAACCCGACUUGGGACGUCGGCAUCGGCGGAACCGACUUGGGCUUUUCGGUCAAUCACAACGGCAAGGCUUACUACCUCUUCGGGGACACCUUCGCGUCGGACGCCGUCGCCGGCUCGGGCGGCCCGGACUGGCGUAAGAACGUCAUGGCCUACAGCACGGACUUCGAGCCGUCCGACGGCAUCACGUUCGACGGCUGGAUUACCCGCCCCAACGGCACGGCGACCCAAGUCAUCACCCCCGGGACGGCUCCGGUAACGUACAUCCCCACCGGUGGCGUCAGUGUCGGCGACAACCUUUACGUGUGGUACAUGCACGUCUCGGACUGGAAUGAAUGGACCCUCAGUCACGCCGGGCUGGGACGCUGGAGUGAGGGCGACAGCCAGUUCACGAUCGUCCCCGACUAUCAAUUCUCGAAUCCAAACGGCGGCGCCUACAGCGCCGGCCACGGCUCUCAGGGUUACGGAAACUUUGGCAUGGUCGCGGCCAGUUACCGCAACCCGCUGGAGAAUACCAGCGACCCGCACAUCUACCUGUGGGGGACCCCCGGCGGCCGUGAGGGGGGCGUCAAGCUCGCCCGAGUUCUGCCCGAGCAGAUCGAAGACCUUAGCGCGUACGAGUAUUUCACCGGCGAGUCGGCGGGAACGCCGCAAUGGGGAUCGGGGGAGACCAGCGGCGUCAAGCUCGUCGAAAGCGGCGUGGGUGAGAUGUCGGUCAUGUACAACGAAGCGCUCCGCGAAUGGACGAUGAUGAGCAUCUCCGGCGGACCGGCGCCCGACAUCGAGGUCCGUCACGCCGAGAACCCCUGGGGGCCGUGGUCGGCGCCUAAGACCGUGGUCGACUUUGCAGAC